CCUUUUCCUUGUCCUCAAAAUUUAAUUGCUGUUUAAAUUUUGUUGCUUUUUCCUUCGUCCAUCUUCUUCUUAAUGCUACUUGCUCAUUAUCAAUUUGGAGUUACUGACAACACAUUGCAACACCAUUAUACGUUGCCAGAUGAUACCUACUCGGAAGUGUUAUAGUAGGAUAGGCUACUCAAUUUAAUUCCUUUUCAGAGGAUUCGACGUGAAUUUUCGUCUCGAAUAUCUCACGACCCACGAGGGAGAUUUUGCUUUUUCAUGCUUGGAAAUCACCAAAACUUGCCAUCCAUAUCUCCAUCCAAUAUAAACUUACCUUGGGAGCCACCAUACAUACUACAUAUUCCACAUAUUCCACAUAUUCAAAUACUCCAACCAAUUGACCGCACAUGCAUCACUGGUCGAGUGGCGGCAUUGACGAUUGACGACUCGCCGCCCACUACUCACACUACCUACGUAGUUACAGACAGAUACAUCCAUUUGAGCUAAAGCAAGCAAGAAAAAGCAACUUUACUUACUACUCCUCGUACAUUGGUGAACAAGGUUAUUCCCUGAUAAUUUCUGCCCAAUACCUAUAGGCUGAUUGACAUCACCGAGUGUCCAUAUAUCUCUUAUCUUGCUUGAUUGAAAGUUGUGGGCUCUGCUUUUCCCCCCCUUCAUCCAGCCUUCUUUCAAUUCGAGCUUUACCCGAAGAUUCGGGUCAAGCUUUUUUCCCGUCCCUCCCAACUGGUUACCAAAACACCUUUGCUCUCAGGGUGUAUCUACGGUAUUGGUGUGUGGAGACGAAAAACGCAUAAGAACAUUCUCUGGGCUUCCUGCAACACACACUUUUCCUCGAAUUCCCGGAAUUUCCCCAAAGUAUUCUUUCGGAAAACUUACAUCAUUUUUGGGACUUUUCAGAUAUAUUCAUUCCUCGAACGCCUCAUCCUCAACAUUUCGAAACAAGUUUGGGUUCCCCUUUCUCAUCCAUCUGACGGUCUCAGUUCAAUUGACCCGCAUUCAAUUUAUUUUUAAAAUUGAAUUCGAUGUUCAUCAUUGGUCGCCUUAUUUACUUAGAUCUACAAGUUACGCUGACCCUUGUACUUUCAACCAGGACCUCGUCCCUCAGAUCCCUCGUUUCCAGCUCUGAGACCGGACUUGACCCUUUUUGACACUUAACGGAUAGCCUCGAAUCUUUAAUUGCGAGGCUUCUUGGCGCCCCAAGCACAUCUCGAGAUUAUCAUGAACUGUGAUCCUCCCGAUCUUCCUUCUCCUACCAGGAGAUAUUCACCACAAGCUCUUACACCUUGACCUCAAUCGCAAUACACACAUCCGCCCCGCGCUGAAAGGAAAGGGAAAGAAUUACCUAUAUUUAUUUACUCAAACAACCACAAGAUCGCAUUUGUCAAAAAUGCGGCCUACAACUCCUAAUUUCAAUUUCGCACAACCCGUCGGCCCUUCAUCACCACCUGAGACGCCGACUCAUUCUUCUUUCACAUAUCCGCCUGAACAACCACCAAUGAACUUUUUUCGUCCCUCACCUAAGUCAAAUGGAAUCAUACCCAAUGGCCGAGGACCUCAUUUCAGCUAUAAUCGAGCCGAAGACCUAUCCCCGCGAUCCACUUCCCCCUCAUCCGAGUCCUCGGGCAGCGCAAGCCCACCUCGAUCAGAAAGUUCCCAACUCGCACAAUCACCACUCUCAUCGCCAAUUCGCAGAUAUUCACGGGUAAUAGACAAGGGUAAUUUCACACUGGAGGAAAUAACGGACAGCGAUCUCGAAGACUAUGAUUGCAACGAGGAACUCAUAAUACGACCCCACCAAUACGAAGACGCAGAGUCCGAUCGAGGACAUAUUGCGCCAAUGCCCACACUAGCAGAACUUGAUCCACAUUUCCUAAAUGAUCUCCGCGAUCUCACUGCGCACGAUUGCACAGAGGCUCUCAACAAUGAAGAUCAAGAUGGGUCGCCAUUAGACGAGCAUGAAGCUUGGGUACAACGCAAUCGGGAAGAAAGGCGUCGCCGACGUCGCAGCUCAGCUACCGUACAAAAGCGCUCAUUGGCGCAAAGUAUCGGGAGUGACACUGACGACGAGGAUUUAAAACCGGAUCAUUUAAGUGCAAAUGAGGCGGGAUCUAGCGCUAGGAGACUACGAAGGAAGACAUUCAAUCAUGGGGGUGACAAAAGAGCAAGUCUAAUAUUUGAUGAUCCACCACCGCGCAUUCCAGAAUUGGAGGAACCAGAUAGUUGUGACGAGGUCAUUGAAGACGAUACCGAGGUGGAUGAUCUGAGAGAGUUGCCAUAUUAUGUUUUGGAGGAAACUAUGGAUAUUGACUCUCCGUUUUGAGAGCAAUAAAGCUCCAAAAGUUAAACUAUUGCGAAAGGGGAUAAUAGUUGGAUGUCGAUGACAAAAAGAGGUUGACGAAUUAAUGAAUUAUGAAUGAGACGGCAUUUCAUUGCAUGAAGGCACGAUACAUUUGACAGUGGCAUAUUACGUUUACACUUUUGAGCGAGAGGAUUAUCACCGGAGGAUUUUUCUUGUGUUUGGUCAGUUAUUCAAUUAUAUCAAUCAUAGCGUUGCAUGCAUAAGCGGAUGUAAGGAUAGCAGUACCAGCUGAUAGUUAGCUGGGGACUUGGACUGGAAACUCAUAGUUCCGGAUUAUUUUAUUAUUUCUAGACUGGUGGGGCUGGAUGAAACAAUUGUAGGAAAGAGGGAUAGGAAAAUGCAAAAUAGAUAUACCAUCUACUAUCGCCGGUGUUUGAGGCUAUUAUGCGUGCUUGUGUGGAGCCAUGGAGA